GGUUUUUUGUAUUCAUCUUUCAUGAACAUCGUUUGAAUCUUUCAACUUUUUCACUUGUUUUUGUAACUUGAUUCAGUUAACAUGAAAUCUUUUACUGGAUUAGUUUCUAAGAAAUUAACUUUACCAUCUUCUCUUGCUUCUUCUACUUUGCCUUCAGUAUCGCCUACAAAUAAAGCAACUGUAAAUAUGUCUGACCAGUCGAUGGAAGUUGAAAAUACUAGUGACAAUGUCAACAUCGGAACUACCAAACAAAAUGGAUCUGAAGAAUUGGUUAAUUUGAAAAUUCCUGCUCUGGAUAAAUACAAUUUACGAGUUAAAUCAAUUCAAAAACGGAUCGAGGUGGAAAAAAAGAGGAAAAAUCCUCGCAAAGAGCCUAAACCAAAACAACGACCACCACCGUUGAGUAAAUAUAGACGUAAGAAUGCAAAUGCUCGUGAAAGAUCAAGAAUGCAGGAAAUGAACCAAGCAUUCAAAGCUUUGAAGAAGGCUGUUCCUUAUUUGAAAAGUGAUUUUGCACCGGGUGAAGAUCAAAAUUCAAAGUUAACCAAGAUAACAACACUUCGUCUGGCUGUUGAGUAUAUCGCUGCUUUAUCUAUGAUGCUGUCCGAACCCGAUCAACAAUUUGAUAAUCCCAAUGAGAUCAAUGUUGAUGAAAAUAAUAUUAUUUAUCCAACCAUAUCAAAUGAACAAGCAAUUUGUUCAAAUAUAUCUUCACCUUCUCCAUCUGUAUCGUCUGUUACAUCAUCUUCAUCUUGUUCCUCAUCUUAUUCAUCAUUGUCUUCCUCACCCUCAUCAUCAUCAUUGUCAAUAUCUUCUCCUUCUUCAUCAUCAAUACAGUCUCCAUCAUCUUGUUCCUCAUUAUCAUUGGAUAUACAAUCAGUUAGUUUGAACACUCAACUAAGGGACAAUUUACUUGUUUCAAGUCAAAUUGUUUCCCAAAUAAAUUGCAAUAAUGUUAACAAUAACUCGAUUAAGGGUCCAUCAAAUCAAGCUGAAAGUCAAUUUGCAAUCUCAUCAUGUUCGUUAACACCAUCAGCACCAUCAACUGUCAACAACCAUCAUUCAUCACCAUCAAUGCCACCAGGAGCUCCAACAGAUUCAACCCGUCAACAGUUACUGAACUCAUCAUCACCAAAUUUACAAAUUAACCUUCAUCAACAACCAGCCCAAGAUAAUCUAAUUAUUUCCAUGGAGCAUGAGAUUGCUGAUUUGCCAGUUUCCAAUUCAUUACCACUCUUGGAUGCUGACUGCUGUUACUCUUGUCUUCCAGAUAAUGUUGAUCCUCUCAAUAGUGACUUUGAUUUCAAAUUAAUCGACAGCGUUAUUAUGCCCGAGUCUGAUUUUGAUAAUUUUAAAUUUGACAACGAAAUACUCUCCAAUCCAUUAAUUACUUCAUGGUGAUUAUCAACAUUACUUUAAAAUUUUGUGUGCAAUAGUUUUCCUGUGUUCAAAGUGUCCUUACCAACAAGUUAAAUAAUUAAGGGUUAACUUCAAUUCAUACUCUAAUAGUGAUUUCCAAGUGAACCCAUAAUGCUCAUAAUGAUCAAAAUUUGGUCAACACUUUGUUAUUUGAUAAAACAAUUUAACAAUGAUUGAGUCAGUAUAGUUGAUCAAUGAGAAUUUUUUCUCAACUUUUAGUUCCUUUGAUUAAAAAAAAUUCAUCAAUUCAAA